CAGGCUUCAGACCUGCAUCACCUGCGCCAAUCUCACACUGCAUUUCAGUCCUAUUGCAAUGCUGUCCCGGACGCUGGUUGUUCCGUUGAUCUUUGCAUUAGUGGGUGUCUCUAUUUCUGCACCAAUAAACGAUGGAACAGAUAAUGAUGAGGCGGCUGCAGCCCUAGGGAUCCUCAAUGCUCCUCCAACUCCACUCCCUGGAAAUGGAGACUCAGGAACUACAGAUGGAAAAGAUUCAGCAGAGAAACAAGGAGGUCCCAGUGACUCAUCUGACACCACUGAAAAACCAGAGGUUGACGGUGCUCCCGACACAUCAGACACAAACAGUGACAAAAGCCUAGAUGAAGCCACCAGCGGCCCAGAUUCGAUAGACACAACAGAUACUGAUAGUGACACAGAAAAAGACACAGACACAGAUACUAAUACAGAAACAGAUGCAUCGCAGCAGAAGACAGGCGAUUCAGAUGAGAACAACGAGAAACCAUCAGCGGAGGACAGCAAAGAUGCAGAUCAUGUUGAUACACAUUCAAAAGAAGAGGAAUCUAUAGACACGGAUGUAAAGGCAGACACUGAUUCAGAUGGCUCAGAUGGGGAUUCUGUGGAAAAGAAAGAUUCUGAUGAUGCAAACAAUACAGAAGACACAGAUGAUUCAUCUGACAAGGACUCUUCAGACACAGCUGAGCAGCAGGACUCUGAUGAAUAUUUUGAAUUUGUAAGCGACACAGACAGCGACUCAGACACUGAUGAGGUGAAACUUUCAGACGACUCCAAAGACCAGGAUUCAGAAUCGAAAGACACUGACAGCACGGAGAAGAAAGAGAAGGACCAGGACUCUGACAGCGACGCAGACACCAGCAGCGAUCAAGACACGGCAGAUUCCCCUGAUGCAGCAGACGCCAAGGACAGCGCUGAGGAUAAAGACAAGGACAGCAGCGACCCGAAAGACACUGAAGAUGAUGGAGACAGGGAGAAGGACACCAAUGAGAAGGAGGACACCAAUGAGACGGGCAGCGAUAGCGAUGAGGGAAAAGAUAAAGAGGACCAAUCCAAACCAGACGAACAGGACAAGGAAGACACCAGCUCAAAAGAAGACGCCACAGCCAGUCAGUCUGACGAAAGUCCACUGGAGGAAAUGACAGAAGACAAGCAGGAAGACAACCCUGAGUCUGACAGCUCCAGUCUAGACUCAAAUUCAGACUCGGACUCUGACAGCAAGGAUAAAGAGCAGGACAAAGAGAAGAACAGCACAGAGUCCACAGACACAGAAAGCUCCGACAGCGACAGCAAGAGCGACACGGACAGCUCAGAAACAGGAGGGGAAGAUACUGAUGAAGACAAUGACUCCAGCGUGGAAAAGGAGAAGCAAGAGUCUCCUGAUGGUGCAUCAAUAGAGACAAAUGACUCCGACUCCAGCGAUGAUCAUGACAAUGACUCAACAGAUGCUACAACAUCAAACGAGGAACACACUGAUGAAAACACUGAUGCAGACAGCCAUGACGCUGCAGACGAUGAUGAUGACACUGAUGCCCAUGAUGAUGAAGUCAGGGUUGAAGAUGGCACAGACGCUGCUUCUAAAACACACGAUGAACCAGAUCAUCUUGAUGACACAACACAAGGAUCAGAUGAUGGCAGUAAAACCCCUAUGCCAAGCUCCUAGCGACCAGGACUCUACAAAAACACUGUAACAGAUUUUUCCUGGAGAGACGUAAAAAGCUCCACCUGAGACAGUCAAGAUAACCAGAGUUUCACAUCCCAUUAAAACACAUUGACACGUCCCUCUCGUCCUUUCUCUCUCUCUCUCAUAUGGUGAAGGUUCCUUUCUAAGGGUUCUGGGAUGCAGAUUAAAUUAUUUGGCUGUUUGCUGUACAUUCCAUUUUUUAACUUUGUCCUAAUUCUAGAACUUUUGUAUCGUUUGAUAUAUUAAUUUGACCAAAUUUAGAUGGAAAUGCAUGAUGAACAGUGAGGUUCUGGAACUGCGUAUCUCAUGCAUUUGUCUGUUUGCGUAGGGUCUAAAUAUAUUUUGUUUUGAGUGACACAUCUUAGAGAGUAGAACUAAAAGAAGGAAUUUUGAGAAAGCUACACGAUUUGGGUCUGGUGAAAAUGUCAAACCUCUGAUGGUUCCACUGGUUUGGCCACAUGGUGUCCCCAUCCUUGGCACUGACUGAAAGACUGCAGCUGCUACAACGAGAACCUUCCCUCUUGCUCUCAGAUAAACGCCGGCCUGAAAUGUCACAGAAUGAGAUAUUUUCUGCCCACCCAAUGAUUUGAGACUGUACAGACAAUUUCUGAUAGAAUCUCUGAUGUCUAUGUCUCUGUGGAGGAAUACUAAUAAACUAGCAAUGUAAGAGCACAGAUUGUUCUGAAAACUGUCAAAAAAAAA